GCCGGACUUGCAUAUACAGGUGUUGCCGACUCUGUGAGGUGUUAUUACUGUAGUAUCGGUCUAAAAGACUGGCCGAAAGACGCUUGUCCUUGGGAACAGCAUAUACUAGCAAGUCCUGAUUGCGGACACGUAGCUCAGUGCAAAGGUAAAGCUUAUGUUAGAAAAAUUCUAGGGGAAAACGAUCAAGAUUCGGAUGUUGAAGUGGACGAUUCAAAGGAAUUUGUUGAUACUGUGGAGGAAGCUAUUAAGAGAAACGAAGCAGCUGUGACUGCAGCAAAGCAGUAUUAUACUAACGAACAGAUCAUUAAUAAAGCUAUCAAAUCGUUGAUAAAAGGUGAACGUCCAAAAACCUUCAAUUCUGUUGAACUUAUAGCUGCUAUUGAAGAAGUUGAAAAAGAGCAGUUAGGAAAUAACUCACAAGCAAAAUCUGAAGAUGUAGAAACUGACGGUGAUACGUCUGAGUCAGAUGAAGAAGAUGAAGAAGAACUAAACAGACAAUUGAAGGAGCCAAUUACUUGUAAAAUUUGUUUUAACGCUAUUGCUUGCAUAAUAACAUUGCCAUGUGGCCACAUGGUUAGUUGUCCCCAGUGUAUACCAGCACUUACUAAAUGUGCAGUUUGUCGGGCCGAUAUAAAAGGAACUGUUCGAGCCCUGAUGGCCUUAUUAUUCAUGACCCUCAUGUCAAGACUGGCCCUGAUCCAGGAAUCACUAGCUUUAUGUAGACUAAGGCUACGGACGGACAACGUGAAAGUGUGGCAGCGGGACAACGUGACAGUGUGGAAGCGGGACAACGUGACAGUGUGGAAGCGGGACGUGACAGUGUGGCAGCGUGACAGUGUGGAAGUGGGACAACGUGACAGUGUGGAAGCGGGACGUGACAGUGUGGACGCGGGACAACGUGACAGUGUGGAAGCGGGACAACGUGACAGUGUGGCAGCGGGACAACGUGACAGUGUGGAAGUGGGACAACGUGACAGUGUGGAAGCGGGACGUGACAGUGUGGCAGCAAAUCUUGGUUCGUUACUAGGCGAUUGUCUGAAAUUUGCACUCCACAGGGAAGUUCAGGAAGACUCUGUCACUAACAGUUUGUUCAUUAGCUCCGUUAUCCCAGUGCCAAUCGCCACCAAUAUGAUGACAUGCAAGCAUCAGAAAGGGUGGGAGGAGGGUAGUAGUAUGGAAAGUACAUCGCAAGAAAUUGAGAGGAGCAACACACGAAUUAUUUUGGAAGAAGAACACGACAAGGUAUCACCCAGCAUGAAUAAUAAUAAAAGAAGAUCUUCAACACAGCGGUUGAAUGAAAAACAACGCUCAAAAUGUAUAAGCCUUGGUAUAACGUUUUUCAAACCUAAACACAGACAAUAUUGUACUCUGGACUCACGUUUAAAAUCAUAUGAAAAUGAAAAUUGGAUUAAAGAUAAAACACCGGGGGUAAAAGAACUAGCAGAGGCCGGACUUGCAUAUACAGGUGUUGCAGACUCUGUGAGUUGUUACUACUGUAAUAUCGGCCUACAAAACUGGCCGAAAGACGCCUGUCCUUGGGAACAGCAUGUAGUAGCCAGUCCUGAUUGUGCCCACGUAGCUCAGUGCAAAGGUAAAGCUUAUGUUAGAAAGAUUCUAGGGGAAAACGAUCAAGAUUCAGAUUUUGAAGUGGACGAUUCAAAGGAUUUCGUUGAUACUGUGGAAGAAGCUAUUAAGAGAAACGGAGCAGCUGUGACUGCAGCUAAGAAGUAUCAUACUAACGAACAAAUCAUAAAUAAAGCUGUCAAAUCGUUAAUAAAUUCUAGCGCUCUAAAACCCUUCAAUGCUGUUGAACUUAUAGCUGCUAUUGAAGAAGUUGAAAAAGAGUCUAAAAAGCGAAAACAAUCAGAACAGUUGGCCAAUAACUCGCAAGCAAAAUCUGAAGAUGUAGAAACUGAUGGUGAUACGUCUGAGUCAGAUGAAGAAGAUGAAGAACUAAACAGACGAUUGAAGAAAAGCCUUACUUGUAAAAUUUGUUUCAACGCGGUUAUUUCUAUAAUUACAUUACCAUGUGGCCACAUGAUUAGCUGUUCCCAGUGUAUACCACCACUCACUAGAUGCGCAGUCUGUCGGGCCGAUAUAAAAGGAACUGUUCGAGCCCUGAUGGCCGUUUAAAUACAUGUUUUUGUUUGAGUUUUUAUGCUCCCCGAACAAAAGGGGGGUUUAUAUUC